AUGAAAAUUUGGAUCCUGAUUACAAUAAUGGCUAUUCAGCAUGAACUAGGUAUUUCUUUGAAUCAAUCAAAGCUUAGUUCAUGUGCGAAGUGGAGUGACGUAGCAGUGACAUUCGCUGAUCAAAGCUGCAUUGGGCUACAACCGACUGGUAUCUUUAUCAAUUCGCAGAACAAUAUCUUUGUAACUGAACGACAAUAUGGUCAGAUUCUAGUCUGGUAUAACGAAUCGUCUCACUGCAACGAGACUCUCAUGACGAAUGUCACUGACUCCUGGAGUCUCUUCGGCACAGAAAACAAUGAUAUCUAUAUCGACAAUGGCUUACACAAGAAUCGAGUGGAAAGAUGGCUAUGGAAUAGCUCAGCUAGUAAAUCUGUGAUGGAAACAUCUAGCUCAUGUACAGGGCUUUUUGCUGACAUAGACAACAAUCUAUAUUGUUCAUCAGCCGAAACGCAUUCGAUUUAUAAGUUAGAACACAACAGCAGCACAUUGCUGCCGAGAGUUAUCGCCGGUACUGGCUGUCCUGGACCAUUAAUGAAUAUGCUUGGUCAUCCGUAUGGAAUCUUUGUUGAUAAAGACUUUCGCUUACAUGUUGCCGAUAGUCACAACAAUCGAAUUCAAUGUUUUGGUCGAGGCGAAACAAAUGGAAUCACAAUAGCUGGUUUUGGAGCAGAAGUCGUUCUCAUUUUAGCUCGACCGACAAGCAUCGUUCUCGAUGGUGAUGAUUAUAUGUUUAUUGUCGACAGUGGAAAUCAUCGAAUUAUUCGUCUUGUACCUAGCGGAUUUGAAUGUUUACUUGGAUGUACAGGUACGACUGGAACUGCACCCAACCAGCUGACCCAUCCACACGCAAUGGCAUUCGAUAAAAAUGGCAAUAUUUUUGUGACAGAUUCGGGGAACCAUCGAAUCCAAAAGCUUCAUUUGACUCGCAAUACUUGCCAUUCAUUAACUCUUGCUGGCGUUCAACUCAAUCUCAAUCCUACGUUGUUACCAAGUGGAUGGUCUUUAUGUUAUUCAGCAACAUAUGCAACGGCUAUGGGAACAAGUUCCCUUCCGAUGAUUUUGUCGUCAUGCAAUAGAACCAACUUAUUACUUGGAUGUCGACCGGUCGGUAAAGUGAAUUUGACUAUAGCAGCGAUAGGUCAUCGAAAUGAUGUUCUAUACAACUGUGGAUCCUUAUCUAGUUGUACCCAUAUUGCGAACGGUGUUGGUUGGUAUUAUUCAGAUUCAUAUUCAUGGGGUUUCGUAUCUGGUUGUGACAAUGUAAUACGAAAUCACUGUGAUACUGAAUCAACAAAUGCUAUUUAUCGAUUAUGUUGGCAUACUAAAAAUGAUGGUGGAUAUAGAUGUGGUUUAGCAACGGGACUUAAUGGCAAUACAUUAUGGGAAAAAGUUAUCUAUCAUACAAACUGA